AAGAAUUAGAACAAAAAUGGAAUAAUUUGGCUUUAGGAUCUCUCAGUGAGAAUCAUUUACAUUCCCCAACACCAUCGCAUAAUUAAACAAAUUAAAAAUGGAGUUUCCAGGUAUCGGGGAAAGAUGUUCAAUAAAAGAUUGUAAACAAUUGAACUUUUUACCAUUUCAAUGCGAUCAUUGUCAUGAUGUAUUUUGCAAGGAACAUUUUCAUGUUGGUGCUCAUAGCUGUUCAAAUUUUCAUGAAAAUAUUGUACAUAAUAAAGUAAAAGUAUCAAGUUAUAUAUGUUCCAAUGAAUCUUGUAAGGAAACUUCACCCAUUGAAAUGCAGUGCGUUAAAUGUAAGCAACAUUAUUGCUUACAGCAUAGAUAUCAUGGCUGUAUAGAAUACACUAACGAGGAAAAGACAACAAAAUUAAAAAAAUGGCAAAUACCAAAGAAACAGUUUGCAGAAGCAAAAGCUGUAGUAGAUCAAGAAAUUUCAAACAGUUUGAAGAAGUCUAAAAAUGUUGCAAUGGCCAAUAAAGUACGACUUAUGCGUGUGAAAGGUUCUGCUGUUGGUCCUAAAAAUAUACCAGCAAAUGAACGUUGUUAUUUCCUUGUGUAUCCACCAACCACGGUAUCUAAUAAACAUAUAAAACCAUCAAAGGGUAUUUAUGUAAACAUAAACUGGGUAUAUGGAAAAGUUAUAGAUUCAAUAUCUGAUACAUUAAAAAUUUCUAAUAACAAUUCUACACCAGGUGUUAAUAAGUUACAGCUAUUCCAUCAUUCAACUGGUACAUUAAUUUGUAAUGAAAUGGAUAUACCUCUUAAAAAAUUGAUUGAAAACUCUGAAAUUAUUGAUGGACAAAGUGUUAUUUUAGAAUACUCAAAUGGUACGGUUCUAGAUACUUCUUUAUAUAAAUAAAUAUGUUUAUAGUAGAUAAUA